AUGGAGGCGUUUGCUUCUGCAGUACCGGAGCCCUUGUCUCCCACGAAGCGCCGAAGAAGCGGACUGGUAAAAACCUGCGAAGGACUUCUCUGCAGCGCCGUCAAAUAUUUUCCUCUUGCUUUUGUCUACGGACUUACGACGUGGGCGAUAUGGGUAGAGGCUGGAGUUAGUAUAUACCACACAAAGAGCUGGUGGAAAGGUACGCCUGUCCCUAUCCAUAUAAGAUAUUUCUUUGACAGGAGAUCUAACGAGGCUACAGGGACACUGGGCAGCGUUUUUGGGAUCUCUCUUUACCUUCUGAUGAACACAUCGUAUACGGUUGCGGUCUUUACCGACCCCGGAACGCCCCUAAAAACCUCUACCCAUGGCCGAUCCAGGCAUCAAUACAGCCAUCUCCCAACCAUCGAAGACCCUGAAUAUAGCUCUGUCACAGUGAACUCCAUGGGAGAACUGCGCUACUGCAAGAAAUGUCGGUGCCGGAAACCAGAUCGGGCACAUCACUGCUCAACUUGCGGACGCUGUGUGUUGAAAAUGGACCACCACUGCCCGUGGCUGGCUACCUGCGUUGGAAUGUACAACUAUAAAGCUUUUCUGCUGUUUUUGAUAUAUACAUGCCUUUUUUGUUAUGUCUGUUUUGCUGUUUCGGUGCUUUGGGUAUGGGAUGAGUUGAUGAAAGAUGCGCAAUAUAUGGAACGGUUUUUGCCAGUUAACGUGAUAAUACUGGCCGUUGUUUCGGGAAUGAUGUCUCUGGUGUUAAGCGGCUUUACAGGUUGGCAUAUUAGUCUCUCGAUCCGCGGGUUGACGACUAUUGAAUGUUUAGAGAAGACGAGAUAUUUGGCCCCGGUCAGGAAGACGUUGGAUCGACAAAGGAGAGAAUGGCAGCACCACCAGCCAGACGCUCAAAACAUGGGGGCGACCACAAAAGACUUCGGCAGAACCAUUCAGGGCUACGGGCAACAGUUUAUUGAUAUGCAUGCCAAUGCGAUCCCGGGCGUCACUCGCGCUGAAGAAGGCGAAGAACGCUCUUCGCCUACAAUAGGAACGAGAAUACCAGACCGAAGACACCAGCACAACGACUACAACCCUGACGAGCACUACGAGCAAUACCAAACACCUGCUCAGCAAUCUCUCUUUAGAUCUUACGGAGAACUCGAUAGAGCCCGGGAACAUGAUAGGUAUGAAGAAUACCUAGCGGAGUGCGACAGUGAGAAGCUGCCCCAUGCAUUUGAUCUCGGGUGGCGAAGAAACUUGCUACACCUCUUUGGACCAAAUCCCUUCCUCUGGCCUAUCCCUAUAUGCACCACCAUCGGCGACGGAUGGCGCUGGGAACCUAGCAGCAAAUGGCAGGAAGCCAAAGCUAGGGUUGAACAACAGCGACACCAGAGGUGGGAAGAAGAACGUCUCCAGCGCCAACAGUUCUGGCAGCGGGCGGCAAAAACAAGUCGGUCCCUGCCCACUACAGCUCUGCAUCACUCAUGGCAUGCCUCUGAACCUCACCCUGGAAAUUCAUGGACCGGAAGGUUCAACAGUACGGGAAACAUGAGAGCGUCGCCUUAUAUGGGAAGCAGUGCCGAAGAUCGGCCAUCUACCGGUGUUUCCAUGAAAACGUUACGACCGAUGUCCCCCCGUCCUCGGCCCGGGGAAAGAGAGGAAGACAUUGAUGAAGCCUCUGAUCGUUACAGCACGAGUUCCGACGAGGCUAGCGAACGGCAUGCGCUUGUAGCAAAUAAUACUGCUAAACAAGCCCUCUCUAACAGUGCCGCAAAAGGGGUGACGGAAGAAUGGGUCAACUGGGAUUGA